AUGGGCACAUACCCUGCUGCUUCAAGCUCCUACGUCUCAGCUGUCAGAAUUGGAAAUGUUGGCGCAUCAUCUCAAAGCAGUGUUGCGUCUACUCUUGCGACAGUGGUUACCUCCGCAGCGUCUGCAUCAUCUGCAUCAUCUGCAUCGUCCACUUUGUCCACUGCAGUCGCCGCUUCCACCAGCUUGUGUCCAUCUUCCAACUUCACGUCCUUCGUAGACACCGCAAGGAACGAUUGGCAGAUUUUGUGUGGUUUUGACACAAGCCCCGGAUCGUUCGGCUCAACAUCUGCAAGCACCUUCCCCGCUUGUAUUGAAGCCUGCAGAACAACUGCGAAUUGUGCCGCUGUCACAUACAUCGGGACCAGUUGCUACUUCAAGACCGCCUUCGUCAGCCUAAUCACCAAGUCUUCAGCGAGCAGUGCGUUCAUCAUCAACCUCCAGAACUAUCCGGUCCCAGUGACCGGCAACAGCAGGGCAAGUUCAGGCUGUGGUGCCCCCCUGCUACCCGGAGUUCAGCUCGGAGGCACUUCUACCACUUUCCAGAUCACCUCAAAGGGUCAAGUCAGGUCGUUCAAUGUUCAUGUACCAACGUCAUACAAGAACAACAUGGCUGUGCCCUUGAUCGUCGCGUAUCACGGUCGGUCAAACACACAGCUCUCUGUAGAAAGUGAUUCAAAGUUGUCGAGCGAAACAUGGAAUCCAUUCGCUAUUGCUGUUUAUCCUCUUGGCGGUGAUCAACAAUGGCAGGGUGAUCCGGCAACUGUCGGUACAAACCCUUAUUACGACGAUUUGGCGUUCACGAGCGACUUGCUCGACUACAUCUCCAACAAUUACUGUAUCGACACAAGCCGCAUGCUUGCAACCGGUUUCUCAAACGGCGGAGGGUUUGUUGGAACUCUUGCUUGCGACCCGACACUCUCCCAACGAUUCAGCACUUUCUCGGUGAACUCCGGCGCAGAGUAUACCAACACCACCGGGACCUGCAACCCAACCUCCGUCCUCACGAAUACGAUUGUCCAGCCAAUAUGUUCGCCAAGUAGAUCAAACCUCCCGAUGAUCGAAUUUCACGGCGACACAGACGGCACUAUUCCCUAUCCAGGCGGAGCUCGACGGGGAUAUUGUCUGCCAACAGUACCGCAUUGGGUCACUGAUUGGGCAAUAAGAGAUGGUCUUUCGACCUCCAAUAUUACCACAUCGUUGGCGAGUGGCAAGGUGACUAAGUACGAGUUCGGUGCUUCUCAAGGUGUGCAGGGUUUGGUCACCCACUACAAGGUUGCUGGUUGGGGACAUUCUUGGGCAAGCAUCAACGCUGGCGCUCCAAUUGAUGCUACGCCCCUCAUCAUGGACUUCUUCUACAGCCAUUCGUAG